AUGCUGUACCCAUCGAUUCCAGUAUGCUUCCUCGUCAUUGGAGUAGUACUCUGUGCUCCAGAGAGGAUGCAAAACGACCCAGACCCUCACGACACUCCAGUGCAUGAGGGCACUGAACCUCACAGUGACCAUGUUGCGCCUCUUGAGAAGAGAUCUCCUCACUACGACUUCGGUUUGGGCAAGCGGGCUUAUAGCUACGUGUCGGAGUAUAAACGACUUCCUGUCUACAACUUUGGAUUGGGCAAGAGAUCCAGGCCCUACUCCUUUGGCUUGGGCAAACGCUCAGUCGAUGAGGACCAGUCCAGCGAGAGCCAGCCCCUUACCAGCGACCUGGACCAAGCUGCCUUAGCUGAAUUCUUCGAUCAGUAUGAUGAUGCGGGUUACGAAGCAAAGCGCGCUCGACCCUACAGCUUCGGACUCGGCAAACGCUUCGCUGACGACGAAACUUCGGAAGAAAAACGGGCAAGGGCAUACGACUUUGGACUGGGCAAGAGGCUACCGAUGUACAACUUUGGUUUGGGCAAGCGAGCGAGGAGCUACAACUUUGGUCUAGGCAAACGGCUGAGCAGCAAAUUCAACUUUGGGUUAGGCAAAAGGGAGAGAGAUAUGCAUCGCUUCAGUUUCGGUCUGGGCAAGCGAUCGGCAGAUGACAUUUCGGCCGAAGACAGUGACAAUUAUUUUGACGUUUAA